GCAAGGUAAACGCCGGAUCCAAACAAGGCCUUAAAUAAGGAGUGCUCGGACUAUGUGGAGCUGGUUGGUUGUUGGGCCUGAGGGUUAAUCCAAUCCGCAACAAAAGGAGAUGAUCCAGAUGGCAGGGCAUGUGUCUGUCACGGUCCCCAUUCCACCAUCGCAGCCAUCAUCACCACUACCGCACAUGGCGUCUUCUCUUGGCACCGUCGCUUCAUCACGCUUACUCUCCUCCUCUAAAGCCAGACUCUGUCUCUCCUCCUCCUCCUCCUCCCCGUCUAUAUCUACACUCUCUCUUUCGUCUCUCAGAUGUCUCUCUUCCUCCCCUCUCAUUUCUCGUCUCUCUCUCAAUCAGAGAUCUUUUGUUAACGUGAGCAAUGGAGGUUUUAGCACUGUGGCUACUGCGAAAUCUGCAGCUUCUGAUCCCGAUCAGUUGAAGAGUGCCAAGGAAGACAUCAAAGAGCUACUCAGGACUAAGUUUUGCCAUCCUAUCCUGGUUCGCCUGGGCUGGCAUGAUGCCGGUACAUAUAACAAAAACAUUGAGGAGUGGCCACAGAGGGGUGGAGCUAAUGGGAGCCUUAGAUUUGAAGUUGAACUAAAGCAUGCAGCCAAUGCCGGUCUUGUGAAUGCAUUAAAACUAAUUCAGCCCAUCAAAGAUAAGUACUCUGGUGUCACAUACGCAGACUUAUUUCAGUUGGCCAGUGCCACUGCAGUGGAGGAGGCUGGGGGUCCAAAAAUCCCCCAUGAAAUAUGGAAGAGUGGAUGCAUCGGGGCCUGAUCAGUGCCCUGAAGAAGGGAGACUUCCUGGUUAGUGAACCAUAUUUUUCUUGAUG